CUUUCCCCCCUAAAUCCUCUUUUUUUUUUGCUCACCUUUCCUACCCACUUCACUACAAGCAAACCAUUAAACGACCCCUCUACUGGGCUUCCGACGGCAGGAGUCCGCGGACCUCCCAGGCCGACAGCCCUCCCUCUAUCCGCGAGGGUUCCGGGCCCGGCGAGAGGGCGCGAGCACAGCCGAGGACAUGGAGGUGACUGCGGACCAGCCGCGCUGGGUGAGCCACCACCACCCUGCGGUCCUCAACGGGCAGCACCCGGACACGCACCACCCUGGCCUCGGCCACUCGUACAUGGACCCGGCUCAGUACCCCCUGACGGAAGAGGUGGACGUACUUUUUAACAUCGAUGGUCAAGGCAACCACGUCCCGUCCUACUACGGAAACUCGGUCAGGGCUACCGUGCAGAGGUAUCCUCCGACCCACCACGGGAGCCAGGUAUGCCGCCCACCUCUGCUGCACGGAUCCCUGCCCUGGCUGGAUGGCGGCAAAGCCCUGAGCAGCCACCACACUGCCUCGCCCUGGAACCUCAGUCCCUUCUCCAAGACGUCCAUCCACCACGGCUCCCCGGGGCCGCUGUCCGUCUACCCUCCGGCUUCAUCCUCUUCUCUGGCCGCAGGCCACUCCAGUCCGCAUCUCUUCACCUUCCCGCCCACCCCUCCGAAGGACGUCUCCCCAGACCCGUCGCUGUCCACCCCAGGAUCAGCGGGCUCCACCAGGCAAGAUGAGAAAGAGUGCCUCAAGUAUCAGGUGCCGCUGCCGGAUAGCAUGAAGCUGGAGACGUCCCACUCCCGAGGCAGUAUGACCACCCUGGGAGGGGCCUCGUCCUCAGCCCACCAUCCCAUCACCACCUAUCCGCCCUACGUGCCCGAGUACAGCUCCGGACUCUUCCCACCCAGCAGCCUGCUGGGAGGAUCCCCAACAGGGUUCGGGUGUAAGUCGAGGCCCAAGGCGCGAUCCAGCACAGAAGGCAGGGAGUGUGUGAACUGCGGGGCAACCUCCACCCCACUGUGGCGGCGAGAUGGAACUGGGCACUACCUUUGCAAUGCCUGCGGACUGUACCAUAAGAUGAACGGACAGAACCGGCCCCUUAUCAAGCCCAAGCGAAGGCUGUCAGCAGCAAGGAGAGCAGGGACCUCCUGUGCGAACUGUCAGACCACCACCACCACCCUCUGGAGGAGGAAUGCUAACGGGGACCCCGUCUGCAAUGCCUGUGGGCUCUACUACAAGCUGCACAAUAUUAACAGACCCCUGACUAUGAAGAAGGAAGGCAUCCAGACCCGAAACCGGAAGAUGUCUAGCAAGUCCAAAAAGUGCAAAAAGGUGCACGACGCGCUGGAGGACUUCCCCAAGAGCAGCUCCUUCAACCCGGCUGCCCUCUCCAGACACAUGUCGUCUUUGAGUCACAUCUCCCCAUUCAGCCACUCCAGUCACAUGCUGACCACACCGACGCCCAUGCACCCGCCCUCCGGCCUCUCCUUUGGACCUCACCAUCCUUCCAGCAUGGUCACCGCCAUGGGGUAGAGAGGGAGAGCCCUGCUCCGUAUGCACGAGGAGUUUCUGAGUCCGCAAAGAAUCCAUCCCUCUGACCCCUUCUACUUGCGUUUUUGCAGGAGCAGUAUCAUGAAGCCCGAAAGCGACAGAUCUGUGUUUUUUGAAGGCAGAAAGCAAAAUGUUUGCUUCUUUUUCAAAGGAGCUGCCGGUGGUGUCUGUGUUCCAACCACUGAAUCCGGAUCCCAUUUGUGAAUAAGCCAUUCAGACUCAUGGUCCCUAUUUAACAGGGUCUCUAGUGCUGUGAAGAGAAAUAUUGCUGAACAUUGCAUAUAACUUAUAUUGUAAGAAAUACUGUACAUUGGAGGAAGACUUUAUUGUACCUGGAUAGCUGUAAGAAAGGCAUGAAGGACGCCAAGAAUUUUAAGGAAUAUAGGGAAAAUAAAGUAUGGAGGGGGAUACAGAAGAAACUAAGUCUCGAUGUCCAAAUGGGCACGCUGUCAGUUUUGUUUCCCUUUAGUUGUUUGAUGCAUUUAAAAAAAAAAAAUUUAAAAAGAGAAAAAAAAAGAAAAAAGAAAUGAAAAAGAAAAAAAAAGAAAAGAAAAGAAAAAAAAAUCCAAGAAAAAAAAAUAUUGUAGGCAAAUCAUCUGUUCCAGGCUGUGAGCCUUUGCAAAAAAAAAUUUCAGAUCCGGCAAUCAUGUGUGAGAUCUCACCAGUUGCCAGUGAGGAUUUGAGAAUGUCAUGUCUAGGCCUACAUGCUCUGUGAACUAGGCCCUGUAAUUGUUGUCUGUAUGUAUAAUUCAGAAGCACCAAAAUAAGAAAAGAUGUAGAUUUAUUUCAUCAUAUUAUACAGACUGAAUUGUUGUAUAAAUUUAUUUACCGCUAGCGUUAAGAACUGCUUUUUUUUCUUUUUUUUUUUUUUUGUUUUAAUGUUUUCCUUCUCCCUGGAUUUUUGGUUGAAUAAACUAGCUUGCUUUCAGUUGACUUAAGGUGGAUGUACUCUGGAGGGUUUAUUUUUCCUUUUUAUUAUUUUUUGAUGAUGAUAUUUAUUAAAUAGCUUCCACGGGCCCAGUGGUACCUGUCUUUUCCGUCACUUCUCUUGCAGCCCAAGCUAUGAAGGUAGCAGCGUACUCGCUACCCGCGUGCAUGUCAGUGACCUGGCCGCCACAGGCCUUGUCCUGAGAGCAACCCGGCUGACCGUUAGCCUCUGUGUGUUCUGUAUUAGUGAUCACUGCCUUUAAACAGU